AUACUGUACUUUGAGGUCAGGUAAGUCUUUGAGGUGAGGGGUACAGUAGGUCUGUGGGAGCAGAGCAGGUUAUCAACCUUAAUGAGACUGGGAGGAUAGAACACAUGGUUUGUGUGCUUGCAGGGGGUUGUUUCACACUCUCUCUUUCUCUCUCCCACCCUCUCUCUCACACACUCUAUGCAAGCUAAUACUAGGGAGUGUCUGUUAGUGGGAACGAGACGUCUCCAUUGAGACACGAGAUACAUCUUUCUCGGUCAAGUACAGGCAAAAGGCAUUUUAGGUCAGUUCAUCCGAAGACUGUCAUCUCUCAGAUUGCUCAUCAUGGACUGCCACAUUGAAGAAUGCAGCCAACCCCAGGAGGAGGAGGAUAUCAUGGACAUACCUCUGGAUGACCCCGAGGCCAACAAGGCAGCUGCCAAGAUCCAGGCUGGCUUCCGUGGUCACAUGACCAGGAAGAAGAUUAAGCCUUCUGACAAGCCUGAGGGGGAGGAUGAGGAAGUGAGCAGCAGUGGUGAGGCCCUCAACGGAAACCAGGGGGACACAGUAUCAGGAGGAUCAGAGGGAGUAGAGAGAGAUGACACAUCUGUGCCGGAACAGUGAAGCCUCUGACCUCGAUGAAGAGAAGAAGAAGAAGAAGAUUUUUUUUAAAGAAGAAGAGGCAUGGCUGUGGCUGUACCUUUUUUUUUCCAGGGGAGCAACUUUCUAUGUAACACAAAAAAAAGCAGUGUAUUAUCCAGAUUUUGGGAUGUCAUCUGAUUUGUGAACUCUUUAACACUCCUGCGUCUUUGACCCAAAUUUGCAUCUCUCACUGCAUGUACUUGUGAAACUUCUGGUAGUGUGCUAGUCUAGAAGAAGAUAUGCGAGGCUGAUAACAAUUUUGUCUCAUGCUAAACAGGGCUGAUUUGAGUCGAAUAUAAAGUUUGUGUACAAUUAUGCAUUAUGAAUGCACGUCAACCGCUGGAAUGCUUGUUUCUGCGUUGUUUCAGGUGCUUGUAUAAUUACUAUUUCAUUAUUUCUGGUGUACACAAUAUCGCUAAAAGGGAGGUAGGUACCCUUAUGGGUUAUUGGAAGGCAUACUAUUUAAGUUGAUAAUUAAUGUAUUGUUAUUUAGAUUUGUAGUCUUUAAGUGUUGUGCACAAUAAUGAAUAAUGGAAUUACUUUCACAUAUUAGUCAGCAUCACCAUUUUCUCCAAAUCAGAUCUUCCAACACAGUAAGCAUGCAGUACUAUAGUUUAUUUGCAGAUAGUAGUACUCACGUUAAGCUUUAUCUUUAGAGAAAUUGAGUCAUAUCCUCUGCUAAACUAUUGACCUAAAUCAGGUGGUAUUAUUAUCAGGGGUUGGAACCAAAAUUAUUUUCCAAUUGUUUCGUUCUGAACAGAACCAUCAUUUUUUAAAUUUCCAUUCCACUGUUCCGACCUGAAAAAUGAAGUUCAGAACCGGUUCUUACCCCAAAAAAGUACCAGUAUAUAUCUUUCAUUUCUGUUCUUUUUAUAAACCUCUGAAAUAUAUAUAUUUUUACAUUUACUCAUUAUUUAUUAACUUACUUCACCAAUUAGUGCGGAUAGAGCAGCUUGCUAUGGAGCGGGCAAGCGAUGGUUGUUUUAGCUUACGCAGCCUAGGCAGCCGUUAGACUGGGCUACAGUUGUUAACAUGCAUGAUGGACACAUGUAGGGGCAUGAGAUGCAACUGAAAUUUUGCAGCUGGGGAGAGAGCGAGAAAUGCUGGAGGGGGAGGCUUGACUUGAAGCGCUGGGCAUUAUUAUCAACAUGCAUUAUCUGAAUUAGGGCCACAUCAUUAUUCCUACAGAGGAGCGGUUUCUAUGGAGGAACUUUGAAUGUCGUUGAACUUCCGAGCGUUGGCUUAAAGUUGGACCAGAGCUAGCUAGCUAGCUUUCGAACAAGCUUGUGUGUGCAGAGUGGCACCAGAAUUUAAAACAAAACAUCAUACAUUUUUUUAGUUAAUAAAUCCACUGUGAAACGUGAUAGUAUCUCUAACUAGCAUCGAGAAAGUGAAUUCAUUCUUCUCUAAUUAUAAAUCUGAAUUUCUGAAUCACGCUUGUAACAUCAGUAGGCUACAGUAGACUAAGCUUCGAAGGGAGAGGGGCAGGUUGCCUACACAUGCAGACACACUGGUGAAGAUUUUCAGCUGGCAGGCAGACACUGGAAUAUGAAAAAAAAUGCCUGGAAUGUAAAAUAACGUUAUUAACCGGUCACCAUGCUUUUAAAUGAACUGUCCUGUUCCAGAACGGUAUAGAUCACUUUCGUUCACAGUUCUGAUCCUGUUCCUCAAAUAAAUAUUUUUUUUGUGUUAUUUUCUGGUUUUCAGUUCUGUUCCCUGAUUAUCAUCAUGCUUCAUGAACAGAUUGAAUUAAAUCAUUGUAAAGGAAUAAAAGUUGUAAAUCAAUAAAUCCAUAUCAAAUGUU